AUGUCGCUGGGAGAAGUUGCUUGCACUUUCGCGUGUUUAAUCCUCAAUAAUGAGGGCAUUCCCAUCACUGCAGAGAAAAUUUCGACUUUGGUGAAAGUUGCAAAUGUAACAGUGGAACCUUACUGGCCUUUGCUGUUUGCUAAACUGGCUGAGAAGAGAAACCUUGGUGAUCUUAUCAUGAAUGAUGGUGCUGGUGGCGGCGGUCUUUGCGAUUCUUUGUUGCCACCCCUGCGGAGCAAUUUCCUUGGUGGUCUUCUUGCGAUGUUGAAGAAACGGGAAGAACCUAAGGAAGAAAGUGAUGAUGACAUGGGAUUCAGUCUUUUCGAUUAG